GGCAAAUUGUGUCGCAGGUAUCCUUAUCGCUCAAAUCGACCGGGAAAUGUGCGGCGUAACCAUGACAUUGUCCGCGCGGUAGAGUUUUUUUUUUUAAUCGAUAAUGUGUCCAGCCAGAGGUGGCUGCGUUUCAACAGCCGGGCUUUCCUGAAGUGUAUCGAUAGAGCUCAGUCACAGUUAUUAGAUAAUAGUGAACAUGGCUGCGCCCACAGCACCGGGAGGAUCACACGCCUCCAACCCGUCCGGCUUCGAAGGUUUUCCGUUUGCAGUGGCCGGCCGACCAGCGGAGGACAGCCACGGUAAAGAGAAGGAGCAGACCGGGGAUGUUAAAAAGAAGCCCUGCAGGGCUUGUACGGACUUUAAAUCAUGGAUGAAGGUCCAGAAGAAGCAGGCGACAGCUGCUGCACAGGAGACUCAGGCUGCAGAUACAGAACUGCAACAAGACCCACAGUGUCCACUGGACAGGGGAGAGUUGGGGCGCAACACCUGGUCCUUCCUGCACACUAUGGCAGCGUAUUACCCCGAUCAGCCAUCUUCUACCCAGCAGCAGGAGAUGGGGCAGUUCAUCAACCUUUUCUCCAAGUUCUUCCCCUGUGAUGAGUGUGCAGAAGACCUCCGGGGCAGAUUGAAAACCAAUCAGCCGGACACAAGUAGCCGCCAUGCUCUCUCUCAGUGGUUCUGUCACAUCCAUAAUGACAUCAACGUCCGGCUGGGAAAGCCUGAGUUCGACUGCUCCCGUGUGGACGAGAGGUGGAAAGAUGGAUGGAAGGAUGGUUCCUGUGACUGAGUCUGCAAAACUGCCUUUGAGUGGAAACGCCACCAAGUGGAGCUCACGUCUCCGCUGUGGAGAAACGUUAUGUGAGAAAUUGAAGAUAUGGGUCGUCUUUUCAGGUGUGACUCUGAUUUCUCUGUCAAAGCAGUAAAUUUAGCCGUUAAAAUGUUUCCUGACUUGUAAUAAGUUGUUUUUUUCUAGACCGGUCCUAAAUAUCACAUUCUUCAAAAAUACUCAUUCUGUCAGCUGUCGCUUAGAAUAUAUUUUUGAAAUUGUCAGACAAAUAUAUAUAUUUUACACAGUGAUGAUUACAAAAUGCUUUUUCAUUGUAAUACCACAUGCAGUUUGUUUGUUUGCGUGUGUUGGUAAAACUGCUGUGUUAAUUUAUUUGCAUAAUUUAAUGCUGAAACUGGAAAUUCUGUCAUUCUAAAGAGAUCAUUUAAGUCAUUAAAUGAAGUAAAAAUCCCUUUAUUUUGUUGA